AUGAAGUACGAAUCGUUACCUAUCGUUGCUGUCUUCCUCGGACUCGCAACUGCAGCACCCACUCCUGCUGCAAAGAAUGUCGUCACAUUCUCCCUCGCAAGGGCUAUGGUGCCCCGUGAAGUCCCCCAAGAACACUCUCACAACAGAUUUCUUGAUGGGGUCCGUGUCAACCUGAACCUCAAUAACCCCAACCAAAUCCAGGACCCCGUCUUCGGUCUUCUCGGUAACGCAGCCGCCGCGGCUGGUGCUGGAAAGAUUACCAACUUGGACUGUCUCCACCAAGCUACCGCCGAUCAGGCUUUCACCAACGCAAAGGCAGCUGGGAAUGUGACAGGUCAAGCUGAUGCUUUGAUCUUCGCUGCUUUGGAGAGAAACACUGGCAAGGUUGGAUUGGCUAGCGUUCUCUGCACCGAAACCGCUGUCAACCCUGAGAUUGCAGCUAUUUCGCAACAUCAAGAUCCUGCUUCUAGCGGUGCCGCUGCCAUCAACAAGAAGAUCGUUCUUGCUCUCGCUCAACAACUCGCUUCUAUCGGGGCUGAUCCUCAACUGGCUCUCCUUUCUGGCACCUUCGCUCCAGGAAAUGUCAACGACAACACUGGCAAGGGCAACACUUGUGAUACCGCUGAUGAUGUUGAGGGUUGCAUUUUCUCGCAAAAUCUCCUCGUCGAUGACGCUACUGCAGCUGAAAUCACUGCUGCCGUUUCCGGCGUUGCUGUAGCUGCCGGUACCGCUGCAAAUUCUCCUGCGGCUUCCCCUGUGGCUUCUCCCGCAGCCUCCCCCGCGGCCUCCCCUGCUGCCUCUUCUGGAGAAGCAUGCCCCACUACCCCAGCCGUACCUGCAACUUCAGUUGCCGCUGCUUCAUCCGGAAACGCUGUUGCUUCUGCAACUAAUGAGCAGACCUUCACUGGAACUCUCGGAGGUGCAGCACCACCCGUCGCCAGCUCUGCCGGUGAUCGCCCAUUUUCUGUUAAUGGAAACACUUUCGUCAACCUCGGAGCAGCCCUUCAACGGUCAUGUGCCAUUCAAAACAACGCAUGCGCCAAUGCCGCCAACUCUGGAUCCCUCCCCGGUACCAGUGUGGGCGACUGCAAUGCUCAAGAGACCGCCUGCAAUGCCGCAGCAUCCGCAAAGGUCAAGCGCGCUGCUCUUGAUUUCGGCUCUUGCUCCGACCCCGCCAUUGAAUUCGCCCCUGGUCUUGACGGACGCACUGAGAACUCCUUCCAGGCUGUCAACCAGGUUGAUUUCAACCACGGGUCCGCGCUCAACAUCAAGGUCAUCUCGAGUUUUGUCUGCCAACAACUGCAAAACAAGUGCAAGGCCUCGGCCGCUACCAUCGCAGCUUGCACCACCGCCCAGACUGCUGCCAACGCAGCAACUGGCCAGGCUGCAGCUGACGCAUUCAACUCCGCCCUCGGAGUUUCUGCAGCCAAGAUGAUCAAGCGCGCGAACGCGGCGUUUGUACAGAUAUAA